CAAUGGCGAUUCAAGCACACUUGUUUCCGGAUAAUCAAUGUUUCCCGCUGCUAAAUUCUCAGGAUUUCCCAGCCGAAAAUGGCCGUGGAUUCGAUCAUCCGUGUUUCGCGCCGCAGCAAUUGAUCCAGUUCGAUCAGUUUCCGAACUCCACAACCGCUCAAUUUCACCAAUUCACGACGAUCGAGAGGAAGAGGUUCCAAUUCGAUCAGUUCCUCAAUUCACAGAACGAGAGAUUGAGAGCGGCUGUGCAAGAGCAGGGGAAGCAUCAGAUGGCGAUUCUGAUGAAGAAAUGCGAACCGCUGCUGCAGCAGAAAGAAGAAGCGAUCGCGAAGGCGGCGGAGCUCCGCACCUUCAUGGAGAGAAUCGAGAUCGAGAAUCUGACGUGGCGGAGGAGAACGAGGCGAUGAUCGCGUCGCUGAGGGAAAACGGAGCCGGAGAUGCGGAAUGGUGCUGCCGGAGCGUGGAAUUGAUGGAGGAAGAGAAGGAGAAAGCGGUGUGCAGGUGCUGCAAUUCGAGGAAUUCGUGCGUGGUGAUGCUGCCGUGCCGGCAUCUGUGCUCGUGCCUGAGGUUUUUCUCGAUUCGUGCCCUGUUUGUAGUGUGGUGAAGAAAGGUGCUACUGAAGCACUGCUUUGAUUUUUCAUUUUUUUUUUAAUUUUAAAAACAAAAGCUCUUUCUCGUCUAAUUUUUAGUACUAUCUUUUUUUAUUUUUUAUCAUUUGGUUUCUCGCGAUAAUCAGGAUCCAUUCAUAAUUUUUUAGUGAUAUAAUAAAUAAAAUAAUUAAUCUCA